AGUGUAGCGGACAUAUGAACGCAACAGUGGGCUUGUGGGGUGCUGGUUGUUAGUGAAUCUGAUUGUCUGCCAUGAAAUACACCACACUCACCAGCAAGCCAGGGAAGAAGAAGCUGCAGGAUGAGAGACGGUGCAAUGAGGAGGAACACUUAACAAUGGUGGUGAAGUAAUGAGACAGUUGUGGAGGGAAAUGGCAAACUGGAUUUUGGAGAGUAUGAACUUGAGCUGUGGGACUUACGGUACAAUGGCGUGAUGGGGAGAGGGGAGCGUGGUGGUGGUGGUGCUGGUGGCCGGGGCAGAGGCAGGGCAGGGCUGUGGGAAUGGGUACGGCCAUCCUGUGUCCCCAUCACCAUCAUUGUCACCCUCUCCCUAUUGAUUGUGGUGAUGGCGCUGCUUGAUGAUUCCUUCUCUCGCCACACUGAUGACACAGCAAUAGGGAACCAAUGCAGAUAUGAAAUAGUGGAGAGCAUCCCAGAAAACUUGACAUUUCCACAAGGCAGCCCAGCCAACCCUAGCACACACAGUGCCUGGAUCGGCCUCCUGAACUCAGCACAGCACUCAGUUGACAUUGCAGCCUUUUACUGGACACUGCUGAACUCAGAUGUCUCUCCCAAACCUUUCCCCUCAGCCUCUCUUGGUGAAGAUGUGUUUGCAAGGCUUAAGGAGACUGGUCUAAAGGAAGGCAUGAAGAUGAGAAUUGCCCAAAACCAACCUUCUCACAUCUCACCUCAGAAGGACAGUGCCAUCCUCGCAGACCUCGGUGCUGCCAAGGUUCGCAAUCUGGACUUCCAGCGGCUCAUGUCAGGAGGGGUGCUGCAUACCAAGAUGUGGCUGGUGGACGACACUCAUAUCUAUCUGGGAAGUGCUAAUAUGGACUGGCGCUCUCUCACUCAGGUGAAGGAGGUUGGAAUAGUCAUCUACAAUUGCUCUUCUCUUGCUUUGGAUAUGAAGAAAAUAUUUGAGGUGUACUGGCAGUUAGGGGAGAAGGGGGCAGUUAUCCCCUCUUCCUGGCCUGCCCCUCUCCACACCACCUAUAACUUGAACCAUCAAUUGAAGCUGUCACUCAAUGGGGUCCCUGUGUCCACCUACCUGUCUAGCUCCCCUCCUCCAUUUUGCCCAGAAGGGAGGAGCAGUGACGUGGACGCCAUCUUGGAUGUGAUAAACAAGGCUGAGAAGUUUGUUUAUGUCGCAGUGAUGGAUUACUUCCCCAAGACUCUCUAUGAACGCAAAACUAAAUUCUGGCCACUUAUCGACAAUGCACUGCGAAGGGCUGCCAUAGAGAGAGGUGUGAGAGUGCGCCUGUUGGCCUCUCACUGGUCACACUCCCGCCGUGACCUACCUCUCUUCCUCCACUCCCUCUCUGCUCUCACCUCCAAUGCCACCUCUGUCAAUAUUCAAACUAGGUUGUUUGUGGUGCCAGCUUACACUCCAGAACAAGAGCAGGUCCCCUUUGGUCGUGUGAACCACAACAAGUACAUGGUGACAGAUCAGGUGGCUUACAUUGGCACUAGCAACUGGAGUGCAGACUACUUCAUAAAUACUGGCGGCAUUGGUUUGGUUGUCAACGAAACUGGUACUGAGACACAGGGCCAAGAGAGUGCCAAACAGGAGGAGCUGCCAGGAGACCGUGUUGAGACCAAAAGUGCCAGGCAACAGCUCCAGGCACUGUUUGAAAGAGACUGGGACUCUCAAUAUGCCAAACCUCUGGAUGAUUUUGUUUGAGGUGGGUUUGGUUGUUGGAUCUGGUGUGUAAGGGUAAGGUUUUUGUGGGGCUUGAUAUGGAUAGAGAAGGAGGUUGAGGAGAAGUAGUAGUAGUAGUAAUAGUAUUGGUAGUAGGAGGAGGUGUUUAGGCUUGAUUAUGUUUGGUUUUGUAUGGGUAGAAGAGAAGGAGAAGGAGAAUAGGUAGUAGUAGUAGUAGUAGUAGUAGUAGGCAGAGGAGAAGAAUUUGUACAUAGUAGUAGGAGAGGGAGAUUUUGGUUGGAGGAGUAGGAAGAGAAAAGUUGGUGGUAAUAGUAGUAGUAGUAGUAGAUUGGGUUGGGUUAGGCAUAGUUUUGUUGUGUUGGGUUAGAUUAGGUUAGGUUAGGUUGAAAAUGUAUUAUAUUUCUAUGUAUUUUCUUUCUUUUCUUCAAUCUUUACUAUGAUUACCAGAUUUCUUUGCAUUGUUGUGUGUUCAACCUUCAUUGUUAUUAUCAUUAUUAUUAUCAUUAUUGAACAGGGGGAGGUGGAAGAAGGCACAGGUGUAAGGAAUUGAGUUUAUCCUUGACCGGUUUUGCCUACAGCUUCUUCAAGGGAAUUGAAGAAGCUGCAGGAGAAACUCAACUCCUUACACCUGUGUUUCCUUCCACCUCCACACAUCCAAUUUGAUAAAGUUAGAUUAAAGAAAAAGAGAUAAGGAAUUGGUUCUCAGAUAGAAUGAUGAAUGAAGGAAUGGAUUCAGUAGUCAGGUUUGUUGCACUAAGUCAAUAGGAUGCUUGAAAAGGUUAGACAAAUGUAAGGAUGGUGAUAGCAGGUAGGAAUGGACAGGUGUGUUGUAUACAGGGACUUCCACGUGUCAGCCUGAUGGCUUCCUGCACCAAAGUGUGUUCUUGUUUGAAUUUAGAUAUUGGUUUGAUGAUCACUUGCACUUACAAGUACUACAUAAGUUUGAGUAUUUAAUACUAAGACUAUUUAGUGUAUAAAGAUACUACAUUUUUCUAAAGACUUAAUGGUUGUGGUAUGGUUAUGAAUAGGUUAGGUUAAGUGAUGUUGAAUUAGAUUAGGGUACAUCAAAUGGUUAGGUUAGGUUAGGGAGAUUGCAUGUG